AUGAAUGUUAAGUGGUUGAGUGAGACAUUAGAUAAUUCACUACAUGAAAAUCCGAAUUUGAAGAUAAAUGAAAUACGCUCAAAAGCUUUGAGGAAAUGGAAUACCAAUGUCACAAUUUCUAAAGCUUUUAGGGUAAAGAUAAUUGCAUCUUUCAAAGUUGAAGGUAGUUAUAAAAAUCAGUUCAAAAGAAUAUAUGACUAUGCACAUGAAUUAUUGAGAUGUAACCCUGGAUCAACAGUAAAAGUUAAAGUGGAUACUGACCAUGGUGAAACAACAUUUCAGAGGUUUUAUGUUUGUUUGAAUGCUUGCAAGGUUAGCUUCCUCUCUUGUAGGCCAUUUAUUGGUUUAGAUGGUUGUAUAUUGAAAGGAAAGUAUAAGGGGGAGUUAUUAACAGCUAUUUGUAGAGAUCCUAAUGACCAAAUGUUACCUCUGGCAUAUGCAAUUAUGGAAGUACAGAAUAAAGAUAGUUGGACAUGGUUUUUGGAGUUGUUGAUAGAAGACCUUGGGGGUGCUGAAGUCUGCAAUUCAUGCACUUUUAUGUCUGAUCAACAAAAGGAAAAAGUUUUUAGGGCAAAACUUGAAGAAUCUGAUGUGGAAGGUUGUUGCAAAUUUUGGUCUAGAUCUAGAUUUACAGGUAUAGCACUUUGUGAUACACUAACCAAUAACAUGAGUGAAGGUUUUAAUAGUGUGAUUGUUGAUGCACGAGAAAAGCCAGUUAUAACCAUGCUUGAAGAAAUUAGAGUAUACCUCAUGAAAAGAUGGGCAACCAACAGAAUUAAGAUGUGUAAUAUGGACUUUGAUAUAUGCCCCAAGAUUAGAAAGAGACUUACAAAUGAGUCAAAUUUAUCCAAAAAUUGGAUCCCUAGUUGGUCUGCAGAAAAACUUUAUGAAGUUAGACAUUUUGCACAAAUUACAAACAAGUUUGUAGUUAACUUGAACAGUCAAGAAUGUUCGUGCAGGAAAUGGCUUAUUACUGGGAUCCCUUGCUGCCAUGCAAUUGUAGCCAUGAAGUUCUUAAAUUUAGAUCCAGAAGAUUAUAUACCAAUUUCCUUCAGACGGUCCACUUACGAUGAAACAUAUGCCUCCAUCAUGUUUCCUGUGAAUGGCCACCUGUUAUGGGAAAGAACAUCCUACCCAGACGUCCUCCCACCAUUGAAGAGAACAUUACCUGGCAGACUAAAGAAAAAAAGAAGGUUGGAAUAA